CGCACGCACCAGCGCACCAGCCCCGGAGCGGCUCCCUCUGCAACUCACUUUGGAUCAAACUCAUCUCAACAGCAAUGGCAGUCAUGAUAAGAAACGAGGUUUUCACCUGCUUUGUGUUCUACGGAGUGCUGCUGGUGGUCAAAAUGUACAUCUUAGCGAUUAUAACGGGGCAAGUGAGACUGCGUAAAAAGGCUUUUGCCAACCCCGAGGACUCGCUGAGACAUGGAGGUAUACAGUAUUACAGAGAGGACCCAUAUGUCGAGAGAUGCCGGAGAGCUCAUGUUAACGACAUGGAGAACAUCUUCCCCUUCCUCUUCCUGGGCGCCAUCUACUCCCUGACGGGCCCCUCACUGGCUGUGGCCCGCCUACACUUCCUCGUCUUCUUCAUGUGCCGCGUGCUGCACAGCGUUGCCUACCUGCUGGCCCUACAAGCACCGACCCGCUCCGUGGCCUACACCUUCGCACAGAUACCUUGUGUCUCCAUGGCCGUGCAGAUUCUCAUGGCGGUUGCAGCUUAUGCUUGAACACCCGUCGUUGAAGGCUUGAGGUUGUGGCUCGUAAGAUCUGUGGCCUGUGUCAGAAAAAAAAGCAGGAGGCGGAUACUGAGCAGACUCCUGGGAGGGAGAUCGUAAAAAGACAAGAAUGUCAGCGAGAGUGCAAUACACUGCGAGGAGUGUGUGAUCACGCCUAUACCGGGUUUUGUGAGAUUUUUUCAGUAUUUUAGUUUAGAAUGUUUUAAAAGUUCAGUGAAGUUGACAUUUUGUAGUGUACUUGUGUAUUUAAAAUGCAAAUGAAGGUUGUUGCUCAUCUUGUUUUCUCUGAAACCAGCUUUCGUUGAAUUGAGGAUGGAAUUUGACACUCACAGUUGCCGACACUUGGCUCAAACUACUCGGGAAUAUUUUCCAGCACUGCAUUGCACAAUGUGUUGAUCCCCCACCCCCUUUUUUUGUGUGUUUACACACAACACAGACAUUCAGGUGGUGUCCUAUCCACAGCGGCCUCUUCGGUUUCCUGUGUAGAUAUUCCAUCUGUUGCGUUAACAUUUGUUUGCAUUGCUACAUUCAACAAGGCAUAAUGGAUCCUGGCAUGAUGACGUACGAGGUGCUGACAGAUUUUAAUACCACUCGGCCGAAUAGUUUUCAAGAGAAUGCUUUCAACUGUGUGUCUCUUUAAGAGCCUUUAAAGGAAAAGGAAAGGUAAACGAACACUGUUUGUACUGAGACAUGUAUCUGACAAGAACCUGCAGAGAAAGAAGAUCACAAGUGUCAUGUGAAAGAGCUCAUCUGUGAAAACUGUUUUUAAAAAGUAUUGUAAUCAUAAUUUAUUGUUCAGCGUACAUUUUGAAAGGGAAUAAAUCAAACCGAGCUGACCCAUC